AUGGAUGAAGAGCAGAACCAGGAUGAGGCCGUAUCCCCAAAAAGCACAACCGCUGUCAAGACCGAAACAGAAGAAGAUGAGACGCCCGGCCACGUGUGUGGGGUGUGUGGCCGCAGUUUUCCUCUUCUCAGCUCCUUGUCCCAGCACAUGAGAAGGCACACCCGCGAGAAGCCAUACAAGUGCCCGUACUGUGAGCACCGGACAGCUCAGAAGGGCAGUUUGAAAGCCCACAUUCGAAGCCAUAAGCUGGGCCUGCUCAGCCACAGCGGCCUAGGUGUUGUAGAGGGCAAUGGGACGAAAGGGCAAAAGAACACCACUAAGACACUCUCAGGCAGCCCUGCUGAUAACACUGACCAGGCUCCAGACAAGAAUCAUAACGUCAAUGGGAUGAUGAAGAAGAAAGCAUCCAAGAGAAAGGUGAAAGGCAAAGAUGGGGCUGAAGUUGGACCCUUUUCCUGCAGCUUGUGUAGCCAGGUUUUCCCCCAGGCAUUGCUCCUAAAAGCUCACAUGAAAAGGCACAGGGGCUCACAGGACCACGGCUGUCGGAUCUGUGGACGUCGUUUCCGCCAAGCAUGGUUCCUCCAGAGCCAUAUGCGCAUCCACCGGGCGAAGGCCCAGCUGCGGGGGGGCAACAACAGUGGGCCGCCGGCCACCAUCAACGGAGUUCCUCAGGACCCAGCAUCUUUGACAAACGAUGACUGCCUCUAUGAGCUCUGUGCAGGGUGUGGGAACUUCUUUUUGGACCGCAAGACCCUGCGAGCUCAUGAAAAACUUCAUAGACAGACCGUCGGUCGGACUCAGCCGCAACAGGACCUGCAGGACUUGGAGUCAUCUUCUGCUAAGAGGACAUUUUUGGAAAGCCUGAACCUCACAUGUGUGGAUGCUCGGGAACUGUCCGAAGACAGCAGCCAGGGCAGACGAAUUCCAGAGCUGGACCCCAUUUGUAGUUACCAGGCCUGGCAGCUGGCCACCAGGGGGCGACUGGCAGAGGCCACAGAGAAAUGCCUGGGAUGGGAGGAGAGGCUCGCAGAUGCUGAGGUGGCAUAUGACAGGGAGAAGGGCGAGUAUGUGCCCCUGAAACAGGAGAAGAAGAGGAAGCAGGUUGACGCCUCUAGUUCCAGCACUAAGAAAAGGAAAGGUGGUGACAACACAUCAGACAACGUGACCCAUGCUAACGGUGGUAAAGGUGGCAUUCUCAAUUUCCAGAGCGACCAUAUGCUGUUCAAUGGGCUUGGGCAGGCAUUUUAUGGGGCUCUGCAGAAAAAGGUUAAGGAAGUUGGAUACUCCACCAAGCAAACCAGCAAUAUCAAUAACAAAGCCCGAGAAGAUAAGAAAACCUACUCCUGCGAGCACUGUGAUUUCCAAUCUGUCGACGCCUCCUCACUCAGGUCUCACACGCACAGCCAGCACCAGGACUUAACAUGGCCUCUCAGCCAAACCAGUUUGGACCACCUCAGCCAUAGCGGUUCCAAAGCCUCAAGAUACAUGGACUACCUCAGAAACAGGAGCGCCCUGCUCAGUCAGCCGUGCUGGAAUCCAUUCACGUGUCUACCGGGCCAGGAGGGGGUAGGGUUGAGCAUUAAAACAGAGAAAUCCUUGGACGAUGAACUUAAACAGCACAAAGACACCACUGUUGACUCGGCAAGCCUCCUCAAUCUGUCGGUGUCUGCCGUGGGUGAAGGAGAAGGUACUCCUUAUGAUCUGAUAAAAACAGAGGGUUUAAUAAGACACCAGUGCCCGUUUUGUGCCCAUACCACCACCUACCCAGAGGUUCUUUGGAUCCACCAGCGGGUUGCGCACAAGGUGGAUGGCAGCAGCUCCCUGGCACCUAAGUGGGCACCCUGCACCAACGGCUUCAAGGGAUCAAAGACAGGAGGGGCCCAGUGGAGACGCACAGGGCCUCCGCCUUUCCUGGAGAGCAAGGACUGCCCAGCUCUUCUCGCUCCCAGGACUCAGCGCACACACCCACCCGAUUUCAAGUCCAGCAGCAGCAGCAGCAGCAGCAGUAGCAGCAGCAGCGGUACCAGCAAGCGCUCAGCACCCAGAACACACCCUACCAACAAGUACAAGUCUACCCCUCCACUGAAGUCUACCCCUCCACUGAAGUCUACCCCUCCACUGAAGGAGUCACAGUCUACCGAUGUCUCGCCGUCUAGUAAGAGGAUGGUACUCCUACCACAAAAGAAGAAGCCCAGCGAACACAACCAUGCAACGACAGAGGGGGGCAGUAGGGUUACCAAUAUACAAGUUACCUCCUCAAGUAGCAAUGUGCGUAGCAGAAGUGCCCCUGGUUUCCUGUCUGCAAGCAGCUCGAAAAAUAAAGGCCACAGAAUUGCCAUGGAGGGACACCUACUCCCGCAAGAGGGCCUGGGUUUCAUGUUGGCCCGCAACCAUGGCAGGACUCCAUCUCAGGUAACUCCAGAGAGAGCUCAACCCAUCAGCCAGACACGUGACACUUCUGCAAGUCCUAAGGGUCAUGACCUCUGGUCUGCCGUGCCAUGGGGUAGGGCAUACUUAGAGCAGCUCAUUUUUGCUCAGGGAAAGAGUGAAUCAACAGGAGAGAUGCCGAUGGACGUCGAUGUACUGAGCCUCUUGAAAAACUACGGUCCCCAUGACCUGGCCGCUCUUUACCAACACUGGGGAUUUGUGGAUCCCCGGCUCGAUCCUCAAGCAAUGUUCCAGUUCAAUGGCAGAUAUGAAAAUGAAGUCCAUUCCUCAUCCGAAGUUUCCAAACAGGUGAACAGGAGUUCCACUCCAUCCUCAGGGUCUCUCCAAAAAGGAACGUGA